CCUUGCUCCUCCAACCUCUCCACUCUCGUUCCCUGCCUGACCUCAUGGUCGGGUCGUUCAGGAUAUAAAUACGGGGUCAUGCAUCCCAUCUCUCCCAGUCAUUCAUUCCCAGAUCAAUCCAAUCUACCCUCCAAACCCCUCAUCUCAUACACUACAAUCCUCCUCAAUCUCCUCAAUCUCUUCUUCUCCAAUCCACCACCAUGAAGUUCACUAUCGCCGCCUCUCUCCUCCCCCUCCUGGCCGCCGCCGCCCCCUCCUCCCAGCACAAGGCCCGCGGCACCACCACCUUCGGCAUCAUGUCCGCCCGCUCCGGCUCUCCCAUCCACCUCCUCCCUCUCAACGCCGCCGGCGGUGCUUUCUACCUUGGCGGAGAGACCUCCUCCUACUGCCCUCUUGACUCCGGCUGCCCUGCCGGCACCGAGACCGUCUUCGCCGGUGACGGUUCCUCCCUGGACGUCGAAGUCCCCGGUGGCCAGCAAGUCUACGUCAACCCCUCGGGCGCCCUGAGCUUCACCGUGCCCCACUCCGCCUACAUCCCUACCGGCUCCUCCACCGGCCCCUUCACCUACACCCCCGGCAAGAACGGCGCCCUCGGCUCCUGGUCCUUCGGCAAGGGCUUCAUGGCCUGCCGCGACGAGGAUAGCAAGUGGCAGGUCUUUGCUGCUUCCCAGAACGCUACCGUCCCCUCGGGUAACGUUGGCGACUGCAUUGGCUUUGAUGCGCUCGCUGUUGCCGGUAACGGUUCCGUUGCUGCUUGGGAGUACAUCUAAACCUACAAUUCUAGAUAUUAGUGGAAUUUGGGGGAUGAGAUCUGUUCAUAGUUUAGCCUGUUUAAUAAUUUAUGGGUUGAGUUGGUGUAUAUACAACGAUGAAUCAUUUGGUUUUGUU